CCAGCAAAGAUUUCUUCCCUCUCCCUCUAUAUAUUUCUUGUGCAGAGAGCUCCCUCUCUCUCUCUCUCUCUCUUUCUUUCUCUAACAGAAUUUAAAUCUCCUCUUCUUAUAAAUACCCACUUUUUCUUUCCUUUUUUUUUUUAAUCUUGCUUCAUUUAAAGGGUGUGAGGAGUAUCAAAGGAAGAACAUUGGGAGAGAGGGGAGACAAGAGGAAAGGAAGUGUUGGCCGUUUUGGUUGUCUUCCUUGUUGAGUGUUGUUGUUUCUUUCUUCUUUGCUUACAUGGUGCGAGUCAUAGAGAGAAGAAAUAAGAUUAAAAAGACGGGGAAAUAGAUAAUAUUUAUAGACAGAUAGAUAGCAUAAAAAACAAUAGACAAUGUCGGCUUACAGAGACAAAGAUCCCCGUAUUCAUGGCAUCCAAUCCAAGAUUCGUGUUGUCCCCAAUUUCCCAAAACCAGGUAUUAUGUUUCAAGACAUAACUACUCUUUUACUGGAUCCUAAAGCAUUCAAGGAUACAGUGGAUUUGUUCGUUGAGAGAUACAAAGGGAAGAACAUUUCAGUUGUUGCAGGUAUAGAAGCUCGGGGUUUUAUCUUCGGUACUCCCAUUGCAUUGGAAAUUGGAGCAAAGUUUGUUCCCUUAAGAAAACCGAACAAGUUGCCUGGUAAAGUUAUUUCAGAAGAGUAUGAACUGGAAUAUGGAAGGGAUUGUCUGGAGAUGCAUCUUGGAGCUGUUGAACCCGGUGAGCGGGCUUUGGUUGUUGAUGACUUGAUAGCAACUGGAGGCACUCUUUGUGCUGCUAUGAAGUUACUGGAACGCGCUGGAGCAGAGGUAGUUGAAUGUGCAUGUGUUAUCGAGUUGCCAGAUUUAAAGGGUCGAGAACGCUUGAAUGGCAAGCCAUUGUAUGUACUUCUGGAGUCCUAUUGAGCCUAUCCGACGAAACGGUGCGCUAGCAUAACAAGAUGUACAUUAGAGCUCCAUGGAUAUCUACUUGCACCUGGAAUCUUUAUUUUUAUUAUUAUUACUAUUAUUUAUUCUCAACCCUCAUUAGUGAAAGAUUGAUAAAAUCUUGGUGAUGGAGAAAGGGCUGUUGAUUCAUGCAAAGACCAUAUCAACUAGCAGCAGAUAAUCAUUGGAAUUCAUGGAAAGGGCUAUUUAGGAUUAUUCUCAUUUAUUUCUUUUUUUUUUAAUUUAAGGAAUAAAAUAUAUAAACCCUGAAUAUAUUGUUGUCUUGAUAAGACGUGUGGAUGGACCCUUUCUAGUUUCUACAAACAGAGCUUCCCCCCAUUGUCGUCCCUGAAAUCGUGUCUCAUAACAACAGUAGCUUUCUUAUACGUGCAUAUGUCUGCUGAAACAAACAAUGCGGGAUUUGUCCAAUCUUCAGGGCAGGAGAUGCUUUUAGAUUGCGUCAUUUAGGAAUGGUUGUCACUGUCGAGGAAGAGUUCAAUAUCGCUGUCAUUGAAGGUCAUAUGUAUAAAACAAUGGUCUAAAAAAACCAUAUGUAUAUUCCAAAAAUGCAAAUGUCGGUUGCAUCUUUCCUUAAUUUAAGAUACAGAUGGCAAAGGUUAAGACAAAAGAGAAGAGGGAGGUUCUCAAGUGCUCCUAUCAAUUGUGGAGAUUGGUGCCCUUACGUUUUCCUUUCCAUUAGAAUGUCACCGUCGGCUGGCGAUUGCAGUGUUUUCAAAUUUUAGGAACAUUAACAUUAUCGUAUUUGGCAUGUUAUAAUGCAAGUAACGUUAUUCUGAAUCUCA